AAGGAGAUCAAACUGUCCCCCUUAUGCAACUCAGGGCGUUCUUAUCAUUUUCAUUACGGCACUUACAUUGACUAUGUUGCUAUUCGUGUUUGCUGCUUUCUGCCUGUUAGCCGCCAGGUGUGACGAGGGUCAGCGGGAGGUGGCGCUGUUUAACAAAGUUGACACGAACCACGAUUACCAGCUGACCAGGGCAGAGCUGGAUCAAGUCUUCCUUCUCUUCGACAACGACACUGAUGGCGAGGUGACGCCUGAGGAGUUCAAAGAGGAUUGGGUACACCAGUUCGAUAUCGGCGGUCCUCAGGAAGCCGAUACGCUCUUCACACGCGCAGACACGAAUGAUGACGGUGUCAUCGACGCAAAAGACAUUCCCGCAAUCUUUGCGUACUUUGAUGAAAACAACAAUAGUUUUGUCGACAUCAGCGAGUUCCUGACGGAGUGGGGCCAUCUGUCGUUAACGGCCGCAAACCAAGUCGACGUCUCCGUAAAUGUUGGCAAAUGACGUAAUCGAUUUGCUGACUUGUUUUAAAUAGUUUUCAUUGUUCCCAAAAUAUGUUUUUACUGGUGAUAUCGACAAUAAAAU